AUGUCUCUUCCAGGAUUAGAGCUCACGCAGCCGUCAGCGGAGAGGGAAUUUGUCCCCGCCCCGCCGACGCAGAUCAGCCUGUCCAAGGGCUCGGAAUGGCGCUUUGAGGUCGCAUUCGGGACCACCGUUCGAGUCAAGCUCCUCGCUGGUACUGCAGAACUCUUUGGCACCGAACUGGCCCCCGCCCAGACUUACACCUUCUCCGGGACGAAAGCGGCGAUCUACACCUGGCAUGGCUGCACACUGGAAGUCAGCGCCGGCGAUGCAAUAUCAUCGCUGGAUGGACUACCGUCCGCAGGCGUGAAUGGCGCAGCCACUCGUGGGCUCGGCGCUGGUGGGUGUCAGAGCGAGUACACUGCGGAGGAGACUCCGAUGGUGGAAUACGCGAAUGUGCACUUUGCGUUGGAGAUGCUGCGUCAGGAGGCCAAGGCCAUGGGCAGAGAUGGACCGCGGGUCUUGAUCCUGGGGCCCGAGGAUGCGGGAAAGACGAGCCUGUCCAAGAUCUUGACGGCUUAUGCGACGAAGGUCGGCAGACAGCCGAUCGUGGUCAACCUGGAUCCCACUGAGGGGAUGCUGAGUGUUCCCGGCGCGUUGACGGCGACUGCAUUCCGUACCAUGAUCGACGUGGAGGAGGGUUGGGGUAGUAGUCCCAUGUCGGGACCUAGUGCGGUCCCGGUGAAACUGCCGCUGGUCUAUUUCUACCCGAUGCACAACCCGCUGGAGGCUGAUGGGUCGAUCUAUCGGCCCAUUGUAUCUCGGCUGGCGCUCUCAGUGACCGGGAGGUUGGCAGAGGACGAGGAGGCUCGCGAGACGGGCAUAAUCGUGGACACACCCGGGAUUUUGAGUCAGAGCAAAGCCGGCAGCAUCGAGAUGAUCAAUCAUAUCGUAACAGAAUUUGCAAUCACUACGAUCCUAGUCAUUGGCUCGGAGCGCUUGUAUAGUAUCAUGAUGAAGAACUACGAUAAUAAACCGAGUGCCAGCGCCAGCGCCGCUGCGUCGGAUGAGCGCAUCUCGGUCGUGAAGCUGUCUAAGUCUGGCGGAUGUGUCGACCGCGACGCCACGUUCAUGAAUGCAGUGCGCGAAUCCCAGAUCCGAACGUAUUUCUUUGGUAAUCCGAUCCCCUCGACGGCUUCAGCCGCUCUUUCACUCUCGACAUCGUCCACCACCAACGUCACGCUAUCCCCGCACGCGCAGCAGCUCGACUAUGACUCCCUUGGGAUCUACAAUUAUACCAUGGCAUCCCUCGAUGACGACGAAGACGAGUACGACCCGUCCCAGUUCGGCGCGAGCGAUGCGUUCCUCCCCGGCGGAGGCCAUGAAGCGGACGCCACCACUUCUCAUGUACACGAGGAGGCAGCAACGCCGUUGCCCGGUAUCAUUGCUUCCACCGAGACUGCGGGCCCGUCGUCCAUGGGUACGAAUGUGCCGCUAAAGAAGACGCUACCGCCGGCCCCGUCGACUCUGGCUAACUCCCUCCUGGCGGUCACCCAUGUACCGCCGACUGCGCGACCCGCCGAGAUCCGCGAUUCCAGUAUCAUGGGCUUCUUGUACGUGGCGGACGUGGACAGCGAGAAAGGGAAGAUCCGGGUGUUAGCCCCUGUGGGAGGACGAGUGCCUCCACGGGCUAUUGUCUGGGGGAAGGGGUGGCCAGGAGAGGUUGUCGGAUUAGUUGGGUAG